AUGGUUCAGCUUUCCAAAUUCAUCGCUGUUGCAGCAGCUUGCUUGGCGGCUCCCGCCAUCGCCCACCCAGGAGAAAAGCACAACCCCCAUGUCCUGAAGCGAGAGAUACAUACCCGUGAUGCCAUGGCUGCUCACGCCAAGCGCUCCCUCGGUGGGUGUGAAAGUACCUUCCACGCGCGGGAAUUGAACAAGCGCAGCAUCGCUCGUCGUUCUCGUACUGUUCAACAACUCCGCCAGAAGCGUGGCAUCACUGCCUCCCCUAAAAAACAGCGUCGAGACCUUGCUGCUCUCGAAAAGUGGGAAGCCAUUGAUCACAAUCGCACCGAUAUUUUGGACUACAGCCCUGCUACUCCAGAGUCUGUGAUCUUUGCCGCCAAUACCAGCUGUAUCCUGUCUCCCACCGUCACCGACGGCCCCUACUAUGUCUGGGGUGAGGUCGUGCGCCAGAACGUGAAGGAGGAUCUGUACUCGGAUGGUGUGGAUGUUUUCCUCGAGGUGCAAUACAUUGAUAUCAACACUUGCAAACCCGUUCCUGGUGCGCUGGUUGACAUCUGGCAGGCCAAUGCCACUGGUGUGUACAGCGGCAUCUCGGAGUCGGGCAAUUACGCUGCCGACGGCUGGGACUCGACCUACCUGCGCGGAAUUCAACAGACUGACCGCGAUGGUGUGGCCACGUUCGAGAGCAUCUUCCCCGGUCACUAUGAAGGUCGUGCGACGCACACCCAUCUCCUUACUCACCUGAACGCCACUCUCCUGCCCAACAAGACUCUCGAGGUUGGUACCGGAAGCGUCGCACACAUCGGGCAGUUGUUCUGGAACGAGGUCCUCCGCUCUGCCGUGGAAGAUACCUACCCUUACAACACCAACACCCAGAAUGUGACCACCAACGCGGAGGAUAUGUGGAGUAUUGAGCAGGCCGACAGUGCCUAUGACCCCUUCCCCGAGUACCUCUAUCUCGGAGAUGACCUCGACGAUGGCUUGUUCGCGUGGAUUCAAAUUGGUAUCAAUGCCACAGCUGAUUUCACCGACAACUCGUACUACAGCAUUGCUGCAUACUACGAUGCCGAUGGUGGUCACCAAAACGAGGAUAGCUCUUUCGGCGGCGGUAGCGGCGGCGGUAGUGGCGGCGGAGCUCCGAGCGGUUCUGCGCCCAGUGGCACCAUGGCUGGCGCCUCGCCGAGUGCGUCUGCGUGA